GGCGCGGGCGCGGGCGGGCAGCGGCGAGCGGCGGGCGCCCUCGGGGCCGCGGCCGGCGCCCGGGGCCCGGGACCUGGAGACGGGCGCGCGCGGCGCGGUGGCGGCUCCGGGCCCCAUACUGGGGGGCGGCGACGGCGGCCUGAAUAAUGUGCACCAUCACCCCCUGCACCCCCGUCACGACCUGAACAUGGCCCAUAGCGCGAGCGCCGCGGCGGCCGCCAGCUCCAACAGCGCGCAGAGCGGCGGCUCCGAGGCGGCUCUCAAGGAGGGUGGCAGCGCCGCCGCGCUGUCCUCCUCCGCCGCCGUCGCGGCCUCUUCCUCCUCGGCGGGCCCCGGCUCGGCCAUGGAGACCGGGCUGCUCCCCAACCACAAACUGAAAGCCGUUGGCGAGGCCCCCGCUGCACCGCCCCAUCAGCAGCACCACCACCACCAUGCCCACCACCACCAUCACCACCAUGCCCACCACCUCCACCACCACCACCACGCACUACAGCAGCAGCUAAACCAGUUCCAGCAGCCGCAGCCGCCGCAGCCACAGCAGCAGCAGCAGCAGCCGCCGCCGCCGCCGCCGCCGCCGCCACAGCAGCAUCAUCCCACUGCCAACAACAGCCUGGGCGGUGCGGGCGGCGGCGCGCCUCAGCCCGGCCCGGACAUGGAGCAGCCGCAACAUGGAGGCGCCAAGGACAGUGCCGCGGGCAGUCAGGCUGACCCGCAGGGCCAGCCUCUGCUGAGCAAGCCGGGCGACGAGGACGACGCGCCGCCCAAGAUGGGGGAGCCGGCGGGCAGCCGCUAUGAGCACCCGGGCCUGGGCGCGCAGCAGCAGCCCGCGCCGGUCGCCGUGCCCGGGGGCGGCGGCGGCGGCCCGGCGGCCGUCUCGGAGUUUAAUAAUUACUAUGGCAGCGCUGCCCCUGCUAGCGGCGGCCCCGGCGGCCGCGCUGGGCCUUGCUUUGAUCAACAUGGCGGACAACAAAGCCCCGGGAUGGGGAUGAUGCACUCCGCCUCUGCCGCCGCCGGGGCCCCCAGCAGCAUGGACCCCCUGCAGAACUCCCACGAAGGGUACCCCAACAGCCAGUACAACCAUUAUCCGGGCUACAGCCGGCCCGGCGCGGGCGGCGGCGGCGGCGGCGGCGGAGGAGGAGGAGGAGGCAGCGGAGGAGGUGGAGGAGGAGGAGGAGCAGGAGGAGCAGGAGGAGCAGCGGCAGCGGCAGCAGGAGCCGGAGCUGUGGCGGCGGCGGCCGCGGCGGCGGCGGCAGCAGCAGCAGCAGCAGGAGGAGGAGGCGGUGGCGGCGGCUAUGGGGGCUCGUCCUCGGGGUACGGGGUGCUGAGCUCCCCGCGGCAGCAGGGCGGCGGCAUGAUGAUGGGCCCCGGGGGCGGCGGGGCCGCGAGCCUCAGCAAGGCGGCCGCCGGCGCGGCGGCGGCGGCGGGGGGCUUCCAGCGCUUCGCCGGCCAGAACCAGCACCCGUCGGGGGCCACACCGACCCUCAACCAGCUGCUCACCUCGCCCAGCCCCAUGAUGCGGAGCUACGGCGGUAGCUACCCGGACUACAGCAGCUCCAGCGCGCCGCCGCCGCCGUCGCAGCCCCAGUCCCAGGCGGCGGCGGGGGCGGCGGCGGGUGGCCAGCAGGCGGCCGCGGGCAUGGGCUUGGGCAAGGACCUAGGCGCCCAGUACGCUGCUGCCAGCCCGGCCUGGGCGGCCGCGCAACAAAGGAGUCACCCGGCGAUGAGCCCCGGCACCCCCGGACCGACCAUGGGCAGAUCCCAGGGCAGUCCGAUGGACCCCAUGGUGAUGAAGAGACCUCAGUUGUACGGGAUGGGCACUCACCCCCACUCGCAGCCGCAGCAGAGCAGUCCGUACCCAGGAGGCUCCUACGGUCCCCCAGGUGCACAGCGCUAUCCCCUUGGCAUGCAGGGCCGGGCUCCAGGGGCCCUGGGAGGCCUGCAGUACCCACAGCAGCAGAUGCCACCGCAGUACGGACAGCAAGGUGUGAGUGGUUACUGCCAGCAAGGCCAGCAGCCUUAUUACAACCAGCAGCCGCAGCCCUCACACCUCCCGCCCCAGGCACAGUACCUGCAGCCACAGGCACAGGCGCAGCAGAGGUACCAGCCCCAGCAGGACAUGUCUCAGGAAGGCUAUGGAACUAGAUCUCAGCCUCCUCUGGCCCCUGGAAAAUCCAACCACGAAGACUUGAAUUUAAUACAACAGGAAAGACCGUCGAGUCUACCAGACCUGUCUGGCUCCAUCGAUGACCUCCCCACGGGAACAGAAGCAACCCUGAGCUCAGCAGUCAGCGCAUCCGGGUCCACGAGCAGCCAGGGGGAUCAGAGCAACCCAGCUCAGUCUCCUUUCUCCCCUCAUGCAUCACCCCACCUCUCCAGCAUCCCUGGAGGGCCGUCACCUUCUCCUGUUGGCUCUCCUGUGGGAAGCAACCAGUCGAGGUCUGGUCCGAUCUCCCCUGCGAGUAUUCCAGGCAGCCAGAUGCCUCCGCAACCACCUGGAAGCCAGUCAGAGUCCAGUUCCCAUCCUGCCUUGAGCCAGUCACCAAUGCCACAGGAAAGAGGUUUUAUGGCAGGCACACAGAGAAACCCUCAGAUGUCUCAGUACGGACCUCAGCAGACAGGACCAUCCAUGUCACCUCACCCUUCUCCUGGGGGCCAGAUGCAUCCUGGGAUCAGUAACUUUCAGCAGAGUAACUCAAGUGGCACGUACGGCCCACAGAUGAGCCAGUAUGGACCCCAAGGCAACUACUCCAGAACCCCAACAUACAGCGGGGUACCCAGUGCAAGCUACAGCGGCCCAGGGCCCGGGAUGGGCAUCAAUGCCAACAACCAGAUGCAUGGACAAGGGCCAAGCCAGCCAUGUGGUGCUAUGCCCCUGGGACGAAUGCCUUCGGCUGGGAUGCAGAGCAGAGCUUUCCCUGGGAACAUGAGCGGCGUCACGCCCAGUUCUCCCGGCAUGUCUCAGCAGGGAGGGCCAGGCAUGGGCCCACCAAUGCCCACUGUGAACCGGAAGGCCCAGGAAGCUGCCGCAGCUGUGAUGCAGGCCGCUGCAAACUCAGCACAGAGCAGGCAAGGCAGUUUUCCUGGCAUGACCCAGAGUGGACUCGUGGCCUCCGGCUCUCCCUACAGCCAGCCCAUGAACAACAACUCCAGCCUGAUGGGCGCCCAGGCCCAGCCCUACAGCAUGACGCCCACGACGGUGAACAGCUCCACAGCAUCUAUGGGUCUUGCAGAUAUGAUGUCUCCCAGUGAGUCCAAACUGUCCGUGCCUCUUAAAGCAGAUGGUAAAGAAGAAGGCGUGCCCCAGCCCGAGAGCAAGUCAAAGGACGGCUACAGCUCUCAGGGGGUCUCUCAGCCUCCGACCCCAGGCAACCUGCCCGUCCCCUCCCCAAUGUCCCCCAGCUCUGCCAGCAUCUCCUCUUUCCACGGAGAUGAGAGUGACAGCAUCAGCAGCCCAGGCUGGCCCAAGACUCCAUCGAGCCCUAAGUCCAGCUCAUCCUCCACCACCGGGGAGAAGAUCACGAAAGUCUACGAGCUGGGAAGCGAGCCGGAGAGGAAGCUGUGGGUUGACCGUUACCUGACCUUCAUGGAGGAGAGGGGCUCCCCGGUGUCCAGUCUGCCAGCCGUGGGCAAGAAGCCCCUGGACCUGUUCCGACUCUAUGUCUGCGUCAAGGAGAUUGGAGGCCUUGCGCAGGUUAAUAAAAACAAGAAGUGGCGUGAGCUGGCGACCAACCUGAGUGUCGGCACUUCCAGCAGCGCGGCCAGCUCCCUGAAAAAGCAGUAUAUUCAGUACCUGUUCGCCUUUGAGUGCAAAAUCGAGCGUGGGGAGGAGCCCCCACCGGAGGUCUUCAGCACCGGGGAUGCAAAGAAACAGCCCAAGCUCCAGCCGCCAUCUCCUGCUAACUCAGGAUCAUUACAAGGCCCACAGACUCCACAGUCAACUGGCAGCAAUUCGAUGGCCGAGGUUCCAGGUGACCUGAAGCCACCAACCCCAGCCUCCACCCCUCACGGACAGAUGACCCCUAUGCAAAGCGGGCGAAGCAGUACAGUCAGUGUGCAUGACCCGUUCUCAGACGUGAGUGACUCAGCAUACCCGAAACGGAACUCCAUGACGCCAAACGCUCCGUACCAGCAGGGCAUGGGCAUGCCAGACAUGAUGGGCAGGAUGCCCUAUGAACCCAACAAGGACCCUUUCAGUGGAAUGAGAAAAGUGCCUGGAAGCAGUGAGCCCUUCAUGACACAAGGGCAGAUGCCCAACAGCAGCAUGCAGGACAUGUACAACCAGAGUCCCUCAGGCGCCAUGUCCAAUCUGGGCAUGGGACAGCGGCAGCAGUUUCCCUAUGGAACCAGUUAUGACCGAAGGCAUGAGGCUUACGGGCAGCAGUACCCAGGCCAAGGCCCUCCCGCAGGACAGCCGCCGUAUGGAGGACACCAGCCUGGCCUGUACCCACAGCAGCCGAAUUACAAACGCCAUAUGGAUGGCAUGUACGGGCCUCCAGCCAAGCGGCACGAGGGAGACAUGUACAACAUGCAGUAUGGCAGCCAGCAGCAGGACAUGUACAACCAGUAUGGCGGCUCCUACUCUGGCCCGGACAGAAGGCCCAUCCAGGGACAGUAUCCCUACCCGUACAACAGAGAGAGGAUGCAGGGCCCAGGCCAGAUGCAGCCGCAUGGAAUCCCGCCUCAGAUGAUGGCUGGCCCCAUGCAGUCGUCCUCCAGCGAGGGGCCUCAGCAGAACAUGUGGGCUACACGUAACGAUAUGCCUUAUCCCUACCAGAACAGGCAGGGCCCAGGCGGGCCUGCACAGGCACCCCCUUACCCAGGCAUGACCCGCACAGAUGAUAUGAUGGUACCUGAUCAGAGGAUCAAUCACGAGAGCCAGUGGCCUUCCCAUGUCAGCCAGCGCCAGCCUUACAUGUCAUCUUCGGCCUCCAUGCAGCCCAUCACACGCCCACCUCAGUCAUCCUACCAGACGCCGCCGUCACUGCCAAACCACAUCUCCAGGGCACCGAGCCCUGCCUCCUUCCAGCGCUCCCUGGAGAGCCGCAUGUCUCCAAGCAAGUCUCCCUUCCUGCCCACCAUGAAGAUGCAGAAGGUCAUGCCCACGGUCCCCGCAUCCCAGGUCACCGGACCACCCCCACAGCCACCGCCAAUCAGAAGGGAGAUUACCUUUCCUCCAGGCUCCGUAGAAGCAUCACAGCCAGUCCUGAAACAAAGGCGAAAGAUUACCUCAAAAGAUAUUGUUACUCCAGAGGCGUGGCGCGUGAUGAUGUCCCUUAAAUCUGGGCUGUUGGCUGAGAGCACGUGGGCUUUGGACACCAUCAACAUUCUCCUCUAUGAUGACAGCACUGUCGCCACCUUCAAUCUCUCCCAGCUGUCUGGAUUCCUGGAACUAUUAGUAGAGUACUUUCGAAAAUGCCUAAUUGACAUUUUCGGAAUUCUCAUGGAAUAUGAAGUGGGUGACCCCAGCCAAAAGGCGCUUGAUCACCGCGCAGGGAAGAAAGAUGGCAGCCAGUCCCCGGAAGAGGAUUCUGGGAAAGAAGACGACGAUGCUGAGUGUCUGGAGGAAGAGGAGGAGGAGGAGGAAGAGGAGGAGGAGGACAGCGAAAAGAUGGAGUCGGAGGGAAAGAGCAGCACUGCUCCAGAUGCCACUGUGGACCCCAAGGAGCCGCCAAAGCAGGCCAGUAAGUUCGACAGGCUGCCCCUGAAGAUCGUCAGAAAGAACAACCUGUUCGUGGUGGACCGCUCCGACAAGCUGGGGCGGGUGCAGGAGUUCAGCAGCGGGCUCCUCCACUGGCAGCUGGGUGGCGGCGACACUACGGAGCACAUCCAGACUCACUUCGAGAGCAAGAUGGAGAUCCCCCCUCGCAGGCGUCCUCCUCCGCCUCUAAGCUCCACGGGUAAGAAGAGAGAGCUGGACGGCAGAGGGGAUUCCGAAGAGCAGCCAGAGAAAAGCAUCAUAGCCACCAUCGAUGAUGUCUUGUCUGCCCGGCCAGGGGCCCUGCCCGAAGACACUAACCCGGGACCCCAAACUGACAGCGGCAAGUUUCCCUUUGGAAUCCAGCAGGCCAAAAGCCACCGGAACAUCAGGCUCCUGGAGGAUGAGCCCAGGAGCCGAGACGAGACGCCCCUGUGCACCAUCGCGCACUGGCAGGACUCCCUGGCCAAGCGCUGCAUCUGUGUGUCAAACAUCGUGCGGAGCUUGUCUUUUGUGCCUGGCAACGACGCAGAGAUGUCCAAACACCCGGGCUUGGUGCUGAUCCUAGGAAAGUUGAUUCUGCUGCAUCACGAGCACCCCGAGAGGAAGCGGGCGCCACAAACCUACGAGAAGGAGGAGGACGAGGACAAGGGGGUGGCGUGCAGCAAAGAUGAGUGGUGGUGGGACUGCCUCGAGGUCCUGCGGGAUAACACCCUCGUCACGUUGGCGAACAUUUCCGGGCAGCUAGACUUGUCCGCUUACACGGAGAGCAUCUGCUUGCCGCUCCUGGACGGCCUGCUGCACUGGAUGGUGUGCCCAUCCGCGGAGGCGCAGGACCCCUUUCCCACUGUGGGGCCCAACUCAGUCCUGUCGCCGCAGAGACUUGUGCUGGAGACCCUGUGUAAACUCAGUAUCCAGGACAACAACGUGGACCUCAUCUUGGCCACGCCUCCAUUUAGUCGUCAGGAGAAAUUUUAUGCUACAUUAGUUAGGUACGUUGGGGAUCGCAAAAAUCCAGUCUGUCGAGAAAUGUCCAUGGCGCUUUUAUCGAACCUUGCCCAGGGGGACACACUGGCGGCGAGGGCAAUAGCUGUGCAGAAAGGAAGCAUUGGAAACUUGAUAAGCUUCCUAGAGGACGGGGUCACGAUGGCGCAGUACCAGCAGAGCCAGCACAACCUCAUGCACAUGCAGCCUCCCCCCCUGGAACCCCCUAGUGUAGACAUGAUGUGCAGGGCGGCCAAAGCGUUGCUGGCCAUGGCCAGGGUGGACGAAAACCGCUCUGAGUUCCUUUUGCACGAGGGUCGGUUGCUGGAUAUCUCCAUAUCGGCUGUUCUGAACUCUCUGGUUGCAUCUGUCAUCUGUGAUGUACUGUUUCAGAUUGGGCAGUUAUGACACCCGUGAAGGCGCACGCGUGUGAGUGAACGUGAGAGGGUCACACAUAACUGGCUGUUCCUGUUCUCCUUUAUCAGUGUAGGAAGAAGGAAAGGAAAAAUCUCUGCUCCUCCGCCCCAUUCACUAUUUACCAAUUGGGAAUUAAAGAAAUCAUUAAUUUGAACAGUUAUAAAAUUAAUAUUUGCUGCCUGUGUGUAUAAGUACAUCCUUUGGGGGUUUUCUGUUUCCUUUUUUUUUUAACCAAAGUUACCGUCUAGUGCAUUCAAAGGUCACAUUUUUUUCUCAAUUAUUUUCAUGUUGUAUUGCAGUUUUGGGGGAAGUGAAUUGACUUUAUAAAGAAAAACGUUUUGGCAAAAAAUGCUAAGAUAGGAAAAUUUCACCACACUGAGUCAGAAAGGUGAAAGGAAAACUUGAUCCUUAAAUUGAUUUCCUAUGAAUUUUAUUCUUCACAGAAUGAAAAAAGCUAAACCGCAUCCCGUCACCCAAAGCUCUGUGCAAUAGAAACCUCUAGAGAUAGGGUAGGGGCUGAAGGAGGUGUGGCAGUCAGUAGUCAGGUUCAGCGAUAGCGCUUUCUCCACAGGAAAGUGGAGGCGGCAGGCCUCGAGCACAAACAGCGCUCUCAGAUAGGGCCGAAAAUCCACUCCCAACAGCCAACAGCCAACAGCGAGCGGAUUGCUUCCUCGACUGACCGCCAUGUCUGCUGUGGCUCAGCCUCACGUGACAGAUCUUCGCGAUUCCUUUCGUCAUUUUUUUAAAUAUUUUUUUUUUACUGCCUAUGGGCUGUGAUGUAUAUAGAAGUUGUACAUUAAACAUACCCUCAUUUUUUUUCUUUUCUUUUUUUUCUUUCUUUUUUUUUUUUUUUUUUAGUACAAAGUUUUUAGUUUCUUUUUCAUGAUGUGGUAACUACGAAGUGAUGGUAGAUUUAAAUUUUUUAUUUUUAUUUUAUAUAUUUUUUCAUUAGGACCAUAUCUCCAAAAAAACCAGAAAAAGAAACAAAAAAUACAAAAAAUAAAAACAAAAAAAAAGAGGGUAAUGUACAAGUUUCUGUAUGUGUAAAGAAACAUGCUCUGCUGGGAGAGCGGCUGGUUGCAAUUUGCUUCAUGAAUCAAGGUGUGGAAAUGGUUGCAUACAGAUUGAUUUAGAAAAUGGAUACCAGUACAUAACAAAAACCGAAAAAAGAAAGAAAAACCAACAAACGGAAGAAACACAACUUCAAAGAUUUUUCUGUGACAAGAAUCCGCAUUUGUAUUUCAAGAUAAUGUAGUUUAAGAAAAGAGAAAAAGAAAAAAAAAAAGAAAAAAACUUGAUGUAAAUUCCUCCUUUUCCUCUGGCUUAAUGAAUAUCAUUUAUUCAGUAUAAAAUCUUUAUAUGUCCCACAUGUUAAGAAUAAAUGUACAUUAAAUCUUGUUACGAACUGUGA